CGACGUCGCUCUUCUCCUUCUAACCCUCUUUUUCAUUCGCGACGCAGCUCUUUUUAUUAUUUUUCUUAAUUCUCAUUCCGUUUCGCUUUCUUUUUUUUCGGACGAGCCGGGAAAUUCGUCAACUCUUCUAAACGUUUUUCCUCGUUCCGCAUAAACUCGUUCGAACGAUACGACAUUUUCCUGUUUUUUUUUUUAUUUUCGUCUGCAUCUGAAUCUGCUGUCCUCUUCCCUCUUAUUUACAUGGUGUGAAAAGUGUGCCAGUGGGCCGAGUAUAUUUAAUCACGUGACCGAAGUACCAUUACACGCUACAACGUAAAUGACAGUUGGAUGAUUGAAAAAUCAAACGCGUGGAGUUCGAGUUCGAAAAAUUCGCCGCAUUUACAAAAUAUAUACACGGCCGGGAAAGGAAAAAAAUUUUUCUCAACCCUAUGAUGCGGCACGACGAUGGUAACUUUAAGCGGCAAGAAGACGAGGCUAAUACUUCUCAGGGCAGAGUGUAUACCACGAUUAUCCGAUGAAAAAGUGUCAGUGAAUCGAUUCUCGAGUUCACUUCAGAGUGCACUCGAGAGCCAUGGAGAAAGAAAAAAGCCUCGAGCUUGCAUUUCGUUCGUUACUUGCGGACAAGUUUUUUAUUAAAAGGAAUUAUUUACUAUUAAUUCAAUUCACGUAAUAAACAAAGACAACUCAAAAAUGGAACUGCCACGUUCAAUGGACAAUUACGAGAUCCAAUUGCCUGUUCCAUUGCAGUUAUAUCUGUGGAAACAAUUGAGACCAUUCAUCAGGGUAAAAUUGGGAAGAGUGCACGAAGCGUCAUGCGUGUUCUGUCAGCGAGCUCCGGGUCAUCACGAAAUGAAAGAAGCUUGCACGUCCCUGGAGCGAGUCCUCGUGCAGAACAUACACAACGAGCUGACGCCUCCUUUGAGGCAGCUACUGGGCACGGUGCCACGCUGGCGCUUCAUUCAAGCCUCCUUUCCCUUUAUAGUCCACGCCGCCGCCAAUAUUUUGCACAACAAAAAAGACUUUCAAAACCUCGGCCCCCUCGAGACUACACUUUUAUACAUACUGCACUGGAUAAUUCUCGACGCAGCCGAGGAGUGCGCCGAUCAGGACGGAGAUCUGAAUAAUCCUUUUUAUUACCUUUUCUCGAUACCGACCAUGACGCUUUUCGUGUAUUUAUUCGUACCGCUGUGCGGCCACUUGAAAGACAUCGACUUCAAAAGCAAUCUCAGAUUGGAGAACGGCCAGAAAAUCUGGUAUCCGAUUUACGAGUGUCGCCACCCCGAGGCGCCUUGUUUCACCGCGCACUGCCGACCCAAGCCACGUCCCUUAUGGAGAACCAUGACCAGAACCGCCCGAUCGCAUCACGUCUCCGACGAUGUUUUUCUCGGCUCGAAUGGGAGUCCACCCAGUCAGAGCGCGAGUGCGGUGUUUUCGGAUCAAGGAACCGCUGCCACGAGAAAUUUGGACGACGAGAGCGGCUGGGUGUCGUCGCCCAAGGAGAAGGCGUUUCCCGAAACGAUACCCGAGGAGAGCUCGAGCACCGAAGACGAGCACGUGGUCAUCUUUACAUUACCAUCGCUCGGAGAGUCCGAGCGUAUGAUGCAUGGAGUCAAAGAGGUUUCGACAAUAUACGCGGGAGAAGCGAGUAUUUUCCAUGUGGCUAUGGCUCGAAGAAGCAGCUCCUCCAAACCUACUUUGACCAUCGAACAGGUCACGCCAUUUUCCGAAGCAGAAGCUGCCAAAGCGUCCGAAGAGAGACUUAGCCGUAAAAAGGAAAGAUCUGAAAGAGAGAGCGGUAGCGACUCCAAAUCCAAGGGCGAAGAUCAAAGGUACACGUCGUCGAGCGACGGUCCGAGAAUUUCGUCGAUUGAUCACGACGUCCGAGCCGCGACAUUUUUCGAUGUCGCGGUCAUACGUUGCUUGUUUCUGUCUCAGUGGCAAGAGGAGGGUAUUUUCUGGGCUCUGCAGUUUUUAUACAAUCGAUUGCGACGAAUCAACGAGGAAAGUUCGGUACAACAAAUGCCAAGGAGACGAAGCAACUCACUGCCUAUUCCAAAAAUCGAAGUUUCGAUUUAUCAGAGUCCUGAGAGUAAGAAGAAAGAUGACGAGGUUCGAGAUGGUUAUUCACAGGACACCCAUGACUCGACCACAGCUGAUGUAAAUUAUUACGGCGACGAUUACAAAGCCCACGAAUCGGAUAGAAGUCACAUGAGACGAGCCAGCGAAAAGACCAAGCGACGCAUGAAAAUGGCCGAUUUGAAAGCUUUCGUCGAAACGAAAUUGUUAUCGAAAUCGGAGAAAGCUUUGGAAAAAAUAGGUCAAGAGGAACCAAAAAUGACAUCUGAAGACUCUCAUCGCAGUCUAGACACUGGCGAAGAACAAUUAUCGAGGCAGCCGUCAAUUUCCUCGAGAAUAUUCGACGCCAAGGAGGGUGAUUUUUUGGAACACUCGUCGAAUCUGCUGAAAGGAAAGAGCAUGCCGAGUUUGAGCUGUUUGAUAAGCGAGCUGACCGCGGCAGGAUACAUCGGCGAGCCAAAAGUCGAAAGGAAGCAGAGUCGUUUCUACAGUAAUUCGUGCGCCGCGCCUAAUCCCAUCAUCACCGUGACGGAACACACCCCCGUACCGUCGCCCGACUAUAUGAAGCGACAGGGAUCGAUGGACAGUCAGCUGGACGCGAUUAACAGUCACGGAACGGGAGGACGCCGAACGAUUUGGGAAAGGAAGCCGAGUCUGACGAGAUCGCAGACCGACUCGAACAUCACGUAUUCGGGUGACGAGCCCCUCGAGGCGCCGGGCUCGUCUUGCUUCAUCACCAAGGACGGAGAUAUCGACAUCGAAGUCGUUCUAAAAGCAAUACACAACGUCACGUUCAAAGACAACCAGAGCUGCUCCCUGAGAGUCUGCGAGUCGAUUCUCAACUUGAUCGAAUUGCUCAUGGACAUGGGGGUACUGACUCGAUACACGCGAGAAGAGUCCGUGAACGACAAAGAUUCGUGCGGUAAAUCCGAGAGCGGCAAGAGGCAGCAGCAACAGCAAUCCCAACAUCAGCAGCAGCAGCAGCAUCAACGCGGCUCGCCGUCGGACAGCGAGGCCCAGCAGCAGCGCGACGAGUCCAGUCCGCACGUCGUGGCGCUGAACACGGUGGUGCGCAUACUGCGCCAUCUGGGCUGCCCGCACGGCUGCAACGAGGGCACCCGCGGACCUCAGGCGGACUUUUGCCGCUCGCAGAUACAGACGAUCCUGGGCAAGCUGCACGAGGCCGAUCGCAAGCAGUUCUCCACUUUCUUGCGAGGCUUGUGCAAGAAGAGCCCGCUGGCCUACGUGAUCGAUCUGUUUCACGCUUAUCUGGGCUUCUGCGUGGAUCCGGGAUCGCUGCUGUCUCCGCUGAACCAGAAACGUGGCUCGAGCAAGUCACCGGACUCCGUGCCCCAGGGCAGCUACGCCACCAAUUUCGGCGCCGGUAUGAUGGGCGGUAUCGCGAACGCCAACAACAUGACGAGCUGCAACAGCGCACAGAAUGCCGCAGCAGCAGCCGGCGGCGGUGGUGGUAUAGCCUCGGCCUCGAGUAGCGGUGGCUCCGGUUACAACACGGGCAUGGGCCCUGGCGGCGGUAUCGGCAAUCGAUUUCGCAGCAUCGAGUCCCAGAUAAUGGGCUACGUGUUCAAAACCAUCGUCACGAAGUGUUGCGAGGGCAGCAAGUCGCUACGCUCCCAGGACAACAUCGCCCUGUACUGCGACGUGCGCCAGCUGAUGACCUACAUCAAGGAGGCGCACGGCGGCGUCUUUCGUCGCGUCGCGCUCAGCUGCAUCCUCGACUCGGCCGAUCGUCCGAAUCGCGUGCGCAGCGAGCCCCACCAGACCAAGGUCAUACGGCACAUCAAUCUGUACGAUCUGGACCCGAGCGCCGACGUAGACGCCGACGGCAUCUAUACCGUGGACGACAAGACGGGCGCGCGUAGAUAUCUGUUUAAAAAGCGUAGCGCCUCGUCGGCGGGAGCGGCGGUAAGUGCGAGAGCGGCGGCAGCGGCCUCGACGACGACGGCCGAGCUGCAGUCAAAGUUGCCGUUUCAUUCGAUCUUUCAGAGCUUGUUAGAAACCGAGCUGAGCGACGAUAACGUCAAAGUCAGCAAUCAGAGUCCCGUGGACGGUGUUGCGGGCGCGGGUGGUGGUGGUGGUGGUGGUGGUGUCGAUAGCUGCGGCGGGGGCGGCAACGGUGGCGGUGGUAGCGGUAGCGGCGUCGGUAACGUGAGAAAAAAGCAUCACGCGCUGACGCCGCGACAGAGCGAGCGCAAUCUCGAUCUGAACGAGCCGUCGUUCGGUAUCAGAAAGUCGCGCAAGACCAAUCGAUUGAAGAUCGGUGGAAUAGUAAAUUGGUUCAGUAGAGAGUACAGAAGGCGCGGUGAUCACAGCGACAGUCAUGAGAACAGCGAGUCGCCCACCGAUUACAAUUUUUUGCGCCAACCGAAUCUCAGGCGGCCUUAUCGACGCGGAGUCACUAGAACGUCCAAAGGGGUCAGUCAAACGUUUAAGAAAGCUAAACGCAGAAUGGAGGAUAAAUUGAGUAAAAUGGGAUUGGUCAAGGGCAAGAAGAAGAAAAGUUUCGAGGAAGUUCAAGGAAACUACUACAGCCGAAAAGAUUCGCUGGACAUCGAGGACGCCACUCGCGAGACCGAAUUCGUCGUGAUCAAGGAGCGCCGUCUCGUGCCGAAGCAAGCCAUCCUCGACGGCAUGCUGAGAUUCUCGUUCCUGCUGGACACCUGUCAUCCGGGCACGGUGCCGGACCAUCACCUGAUGGCCGCCCUGCUCGAUCUGCCCGGUGCGCCGGUGGUCUGUCGCGCCGCGAUCCUGCUCGAGUGCGCCAGCUACGUGCACCAGUGCAACAAGGGCCACUGGCCGAUCUGGAUGAAGUCCAACUUCCCGAUGUUUCGGCCGUCGAUGGCGCUGAACAAUCGGGGCGCGCCGACGGGCAUCAGACGCACCCACGUGCUGCAGCGAGCCGGCGGCAAGCUGUUCUAUCAGUGGGCCGAGGCCGUGGGAUCGAGGCUCGAGCAGUUCUUGGCCGAGGACAGAGCCUGCGCCGACAAGAUCCAGGAGUUCGUCGAGAACGACAAGAAUCAGGCCUUUCUGCUGGCUCAAGAGGAGGAGGAGGACUUUCUCGACGAGGCGAGCAUCGUCAGCUACGGCUCGAAAGUACCCAUGGCCCUGAGACUGGUCGCCUGCUGCCUCCUCAUGGAGAUCACGAGCUUCCUGCGCGAGACCUACCCGUCGAUCCCGAAGUCGAGCCGGCUGUCGAUCAAGGAGCGCGCCCCGCCCUGGGAGAAGCUCUACAGUCGCGAGGCCAAUCGUCGCUGGAGCAUGGCCCUGUCGUCGAUGGGCCACUCGCAGACCUCGGCCCAGUCGCUGCAGUCGAUCGCCGGGGCCGACGGCAAGGAGACCGAGCGCAAGAUCAGCUUCGUGCUGCACGAGCCCGACAACGAGUCCGAGGGCAGCAGCAAGUCCAACGUCACGAUACCGGGCGAGGAGCUGGGCCAGAGCAACGAGCGCGAGCGAGCCGCCAGGAGGAUGACGCAGCAGGCGCCCGGUCGGCCGUUCCUGCUGCGACGCGGCACCUCCGGCAACACGGCCACGGGCUCGUUCAAGAGGCGCAGCUUGAAGCUCAGGCGCAACACGAAGGAGGGAAAAGAGAUCGAGGUCGAUGCUUAUACUAUUCAGUCGAAGCGCAAAGUCAGCUCGCUGUCGGACCGCAGCGACACCUCGGAGCCCGGCGGCCUGCUCUACGGCGUUGGCGGGGGCGGCGGCGGCGGCGGUGGCGAGGUCAGCGGCGAGGAGUCGCCCGGCAUACUGAGCGACGACCAGCAGCCCGAGAGCCCGAGCGACAGCAACGACACCGACGACUGCACCACCAAGAACUUCCCCUGGAUGCGCAUCGUCGCCCAGAUGACGGCGCACUAUCACUUCCUGUGCGACCACCAGAGCUUCUGCCAUCCGUUCUGCCAUCGCAGGCAGAUGCGCGCCGGCGAGAAGCUGAUCAAGGCCGUGCGCAAGAUCUACGGCGAGGAGUUCGGCUACGUCGGGGGCAUGGACAUGUUCGGGGAUCCGGACGCGCCCGAGAAGAAAGCGGCCGAGGAGGAGAGGGGCAAGAAGGACAAGCGUUGCAGGAAGGUCUCGGAUCAGCAGAGCGUACAGGUGUCGCCCGUUAAGAGGAAAGACAGCAUGGGACGUAAAUUGAACAAGAUCGACAAGAGCCUCGACGGCUCCCAAUCCGUGAUCAGAGAGUCGAUGAAGGACUUGGCCGAUCACGAGUCCAACUACGCGCGCGACUUCGCCAAAGCCAUGGAACCGCCUGAGGAAGACUACAAGGAGAAAGAGCUGAGCCCCGUGCAGAAGUACAUGCAGAUCCACGUGAGAAACGCCUUUCACGCGCCGAUCGCCACCCUGCUCAAGGGCGCCGCGAUCGUCACCGAGGAUCUGUUCGUCAGCAUACUGCCCGUCGCCUGGGAGCUUCUGCUGGAGAACAAUCAGGAGGUGGCCGCGGCGGCGGCGUCCCUCUUCAUCGUGGCGUCGGUUCGCGCGCCCUCCCACGCCACCGACAUCAUGCACGGCGGCCUCAAGCACGCCAAUCCGGAGGUGCGCAUCUCCUCGAUCCUGAGGUUUCAGGUUUUGUGGAGGCACAGGUAUCAGGUCUGGCAGAGGAUGGAGGAGCAGGCGCACGCGACCUUCAAGGUGCCGCCGCCCGGGAUCGAGUUCACUCUGCCCUCGCCGAAGAUCGGCAUAGAGUCGUUGCCCGUGGUCGAUCCGCCCUGGAUGCCGCAGGUCAGGACCAAGGUCGAGGAGGUGACCAUCAAUCAGGAGAGACACCGCGCCUUGGUGACAGCCACGAAGACGCGCAAGAAGCAGCAAACCGAACUGAUCAAGCGGGCCCUACAGGCGCAAGACGAUAAAAAGAAGGAGGAGAGAAUCAACUUUUUGAUCACGACAAUACCGAUUACUUUCCAAGCGGCUUACGAGCCCAGCCCAGUCGGAGACGAUCACGACGAUGCUACGGACGAGGAUAUCGGCGACAUGGUUCCGCGAAAUCUGACGCAUCACGUGCAAUCGGCUCAAGCACUGUUCCCCUCGACCCUCGGCUCCUCCUUCAUUCUCAUCAUCGACCUGCUGGACGAUCCGUCGGUCACCGACGACGGCAUGGGCGUCUACCUCGUGGCCUACCAGCUGAUCUGGAACUGCCUGGUCGAGGACAGUGCUCUCUUCCUGCGGUACAUCAUGGAACGCCUGACCAGGGAUAAUCAGGACAAUCUGUUCAAGAUACUGCGUCAUCUCAUAAGAUUCAUUCCGAAAUUGCCCCAGCAAGCCGCUUUCGCGCUGUACAACUACAUAAUCGGUUACAUCAUGUUUUACGUCCGAUCGCCUCACGAGGAAGGCCAGAAACACAUCGGUACUGCCCUGUCGAUUCUCUGGAUGGUCGUUCACAGUGUCCACGGAAUCAUGUUCAAAGAUCUGAAGCAAAUCUUGCGAAAAGAGCAGUGCGACGCGUCGAUUUUACUGACGGCCAACGUGCCCUCGGCCAAGAAAAUCGUCGUUCACGGACCCCAGAAUCCCGACGACGGCGGAAUACCCUCCCAAUUUCCCGUUCAAGAAGACACGCAAUUUUGUCAGAUCCUCCGCGAAUCUCUCGACUUUUUUGGCAUCGAGGAGUCCAAGCACAAGGAGUACUUCCUCGUCGAUCAUAAAACACAUCAAAUCCACAAUCCGGCCUCGUACGUGCGAGACUAUUACUUCUUCAAGCGCUCGCAGUACCCGCAGCUCGAGCUCGUCCACAUGGAGCCGGAGGAGGCGUUCAACGCCUUGCAGCGCGAGGAGCUCACGCACAAAUUCGUGGAGAUCGGCAAGGUCCUGCUGACCUGGGCGAUCCUCAAGAACGUCGACAUGGUCGUCCAGCGAGUCGUGUUUCUGCACGAGGAGCUCAUGAAGCUGCCGUCGUUUCCGCGCAAGGCUCUGGAGUGCGAUCUGGAUCUUUACAAAGGCGGCGAGUACGGCCAGCAACUGCUGGCCUUCGACGUCAUGCACAAGUUCAUGUGGGUCCGCCUGAUCGCCCGUAUGUUCGAGGCGAUGGCCGGCAACUUCGCCUACAGCGGCGACAUCCAUCUGUUCAUCAACGUGCUGAACGGCACCCUGUUCCUGCACAGCACCGACUCGUGCAUACUGCGCUACGUCGUCGCUACCUACAUCAACGCGGCCUUCAACUUCAAGAACAUCUUCUCGACCAACGGCUACUUCCUCAUCAUUCCCACGCUCAUGCAGCUCUACUCGACCCAUCAGACGAACAAGCUCGUCACCACCACCGUCGAGUACGCCGUCAAGCAGUUCUACAUGAUGCACCGCAAGCCCUUCAUAAUGCAGAUGUUCGGCAGCGUGUCGGCCAUCCUCGACACCGACGAGACCAGCGCCAUCGGCGAGGCGCACAAGGUGCCCUCCUCCUGCCUGUUCAAUCUGCUGCUGAGUCUGGAGACGCCGUCGCCCGAUCCACUGAACAUCGGCGAGCUCGUCAAGGAGGAGAAACCCCUGAAGGCCAUCGACUUCUGCUACCACGACGAGAGCGAGAUGGUGACGAUCCUCGACUGCAUCUCCAUGUGCGUGAUGGUGGUGUCGUACGCCGCGGACUCGCUCAGAGGCCAGCAGAUGCUCAUCAUCCUCGAGGCCAUAAUGCCCUGCUACGUGCAGCAGAUUCAAUUGCCGAGCUACAACAAGGAGGGCAAGACCGAGAAGGAGAUCAUCAAUCAGCUGGCCAUAACCGUGCGCACCCUCGUCAACAAUUCCGAGUCGCUGGCCAAGUACUACAAUCGGCCGCAGAAGAACAGUCCCGAGCACAAGGGCUCGUCCCAGCGCAAUUACGGCAAGAGCCCGUACUCGCCGGGCUUCGAGUUCGACGAGGAGGCCAACAUCGGCGUGCCGGUGAGGCCGCCCACCGCCGCCGAGGCGGCCAAAAACAAGCAGCAGGUCUUCGACGACGACGCCGAGAGCUCGCACAAGAACGAGUUCGUGCGGCCCAGGGACACUCUGCUCAACAUGGUCGGUGACUUCGUGGCGCGAUGCUCGGCGAGACUCGUCGAGCUCGACAAGAAGUCCCAGGACGGAAAGACCAUCGAGAUUCUGGACUCCAAGUGUCACAUCCGCCUGGCGGACGUCGCCCACAGCCUGCUCAAGAUAUCCCCGUACGAUCCGCAAGCCAUGGCCUGUCGCGGCCUCAAGCGCUACAUGAACGACAUCCUGCCGUUCGCCCAGUGGUCCAACGACGACAUGCGUCCCGCGCUCACCAUCAUACUGCGCCGCCUCGACAAGACCUUCAGCAAGAUCUACAAGAAGGCCUCGAUACGUCGCAGCACCAACUGGGACGCCGCCAGCGAGCUGCUCAAGGGCCUCUACGAGACUCUGCUGCGCUGCCCCUACAUCGCCCACUUCCAGAAUCUCAAGACUCUGCUCAACACCUGCCAGUCCCUGAUAAUCGGCGACACGCAGGGCAUCGAGAUCACGUCCUCGGCGACGGUGGCCCUCAUGAGCCGCAUACCGCCCCCGUUCUUCUGCUCGACGGUGCUGCGACUCAUCGCCCUGCAGGUGAUCUCGCUCGGCGAGGGCUACACCCUGGAGAACGUCUGCGGCAGCCACGCCAUGUUCGCCACUGCGGCGCGCGCCGAGAACGUCCUGCUGAAUCUGCUGAUACCGCUGUUUCUGCGGGUGGGCGCCGGCAGGCAGGACGUGCCGCAGCUGCGCAAGACCGACAUCUGCUUCGCGCUCAAUGCCGUGCUGAACACCCUGUGGCCGACCGGAGUGAAGUCGACCACGACGACGGCGACGAAUCUCAAGCCGACGGCCGACAUACGCACGGGUAGUCUGACCUUCGCCGCGCGAGACUCGAAAUCGUUGACCAAGACGUCGCUGUCACUCUACCAAGUUGCCUUUUUAGCCUUAAAAAUAAUAAUCAUCAGCUUCGAGAACGACCUUACCUCGGAGUGGCCGCGCAUCCUGCGCACCAUGAAGCUGCUGAACAAGCGCAACGAGGCGUCGCUGCACCUCUGGAACUUCCUCGAGUUCGUCGUCACCCAUCGCACGCCCCUCUACAUCCAGAUGAUGCUGUUCAUCAUACACAAGAUCGGCCAGGCACCGAUAUCCGAGCACGAGCGCACCAUGCAGGGCAUAAUACGCGACCGCAUGAACGGCAUCGGCAUGUCCUGCACCAAGUCCAAGAGCGACCUGCUCAACGACCUCAUCAACGAGUGGAAGAAGCUCAAGGAGGAGAUCGAGGAUAGGAAAUUCGACGAGCUUCAGCCGAAGCGCAGCGUGGUCGACAUGCACCAGGUGAACGAGGGCCAGCCCCGCACCCAACGGCCCUCGCUCCUCAUCGAUCUGCUGACGGGCGAUCUGGGCUCGAGGAGCGGCGGCGGCGGCCACGGCAGCCGAGCGACGCCCGCCGACACACCGGGCUCGAACUCGACCACGACGGGAGGCGGUCCCGGUGGUCACACCGCCACGACCUCGUCCCAGCCGUCGGUGAGCUCGACCAGCAACAUGACCAAGAUCUCGAUACAGAGCCAGGUGUCGAUCGUCGAGGACAAUCCCAGUGCCCGAGGAUCUAUAUCGAGCACGAGUGCGGGCUCCGGAACGUUGAGGGAUGGGCCCGAUGGUAGUAGUGGCGCCCUGGCCUGCCCCGGCUCAUCGCCGAUCCAAGCGACAGAUAAAUCCUACACAUCUAUCACCACUAGCGAUGAACGUAAUCGUUAUAAGCCACGUCCCGUGUUAACUCGUCAAAAAACAUCAAAACUACGUUUUAUUCCUUCCAUAGAGCUUAGACAUUCAUCAGGAGAAACGAUCACGAGCCAGCUGAGCCCCAACAGUCCAAUGGACGACAGCUCGGGCGAGUCGAAGCCCGACAAGCCGAGGCUUCAGCGAUCAAUGGGCGCCAGCAAGAGGACCUUCCGUUUGCGCAAGAGUCGUCGAGCUCACGCGGAGAGCGCUCAGAGCUCGUCGUCGCGAGGAACGACGGAGGGCCCGGAAUCGUCGCUGUCGCCGGACGAUCAACCGACGGUUCAUCAAGCCUCGCCGCAGCUGCUGAGCCCGUCGCCGCCGGCUACGAUCGAGGAGUCGUCCUCGACGCCGCCCUACAACGCACCCUCGGACUCGUCCUCGGUCCCGUCGAGACGCGACUCCACGACGAUUCUGCAGCUGCACCACCAGCAGCUGAUACAGCCGCAGCAUCACCAGAUCGACAUCGACAUCGAUCAGCCGUCGACCUCCGGCAACGGAUCCCACGCCGAACCGUCGCCGCAGCUGAGUCAUCGUGACCCUCUUCCCCAGGGUCACCCAUCCCUCCUGCAUCACGCCUAUCUUCAGCUGCGACCACAAUCCGACAUCUCCUGGGACGAGGACACCUCCAGCACUUCCGGCUAUCGAGAGUCCUACAGUCUGCAGCUCGUCUCUCUGGAGAGCAGCAACGGCAACAAUCAUCCCAACGGCGGCGGCAGCAGCAGCAACAACAACGCCCCGCCGCUGGCCUCGCCGGAUCUGCCCUCGUCCAGCAGCACGACCACCAAUUACAUGGCCUUCGACGGCAGCUCGCCCGAGAACUCGAUCAACAGCAACGGCGGCGAGCGUCAGGCCCUCCUCACUCAGUCCUCGCAGCGCACCAAUUCGCAGCACUCGCUGCUCAUGGGCACCGCCGGCACCGGCACCGGCACCGGUACGGCGGGUAACGGCAGUACCACCACGACCACCACUCAGGACGAGGAUACGCUGAUUUGAUGGAGGAAGUCGAGUUGUUGAGACGAUGAAACGAUAAUUAUUAUAUGCCUCGUGCGAUUUUAAUAUAUGGAUUUUUAGCAUUUUUUAAUAUUGUUUUUAGUAUCAUUAUUGAAUGAAUAUUUAUAUAUUAUAUAUAUUAU